AGGCGGAGAAGCUGCGAGCCGCACAUACGGAGAGAGAAAGCACAAGAGAAGGAGAGACACUCAGGAAGUGAACAGGGGAAGUUUAGUGGUUUCUUGCGUCACCACUUCUAUGCUGCUUCCUGCGUGCCGAUGCAGAGUGAAGGGUGGAAGAUGAAGUGAAGCAUGUCCUAACGCCCAACAGCUUCAACAGAUGAACUCCAGUGCCCCCGCGGCUCACAGAGGAAGCGGCCUUCACCCGACACAACAUGUUCUGAAGUAAAGAGAAACAGAAACGGCAGCAGCAGACCGACGGGUUCUCUGAAAUGUGCACCACCGCCCCGACGGAGUCGCAUUAAGCCGAGUCGGUCGACUCAACAACCCCCCCGGCGGGUGCACGCGGUACGUCAGGAGAGAAGCGGAGCAGCUCUGGGCCGGGUCUGAAUGUGAGGUGGAGACAGCAGACAGGAAGAGAUGCGGAGAGUUCGGAGAAGAGGAGGGAACAAGGAGAAGGUGUUUGGAUGCGAUCUGCUCGAGCACCUGACCGCCUCCUCUCAAGAGAUUCCUCAGGUCUUACGAUGCUGCAGUGAAUUUGUUGAGCGUCAUGGAGUCGUGGACGGAAUCUACAGGUUGUCCGGAGUGUCGUCCAACAUACAGAAACUGAGGGGCGAGUUUGAGAGCGACGGGAAUCCAGAGCUGAACAAGGAUUUGUAUCUGCAGGACAUCCACUGCGUCAGCUCCCUGUGCAAAGCUUACUUCAGAGAGCUGCCGAACCCUCUGCUUACAUAUCAGCUGUAUGACAAGUUUGCUGAGGCCAUCGCCAUCCAGUUGGAGGAGGAGAGGCUGGUGAAGAUCAGUGAUGUGCUGAAAGAACUACCAGCACCGCAUUACAGGACUCUGGAGUUCCUGAUGCGUCAUCUCGUCAAAAUGGCCUCAUAUUCCCCAGAGACCAACAUGCACUCCAGGAACCUGGCCAUCGUCUGGGCCCCCAAUCUUCUCAGGUCAAAGGACAUUGAGGCGACUGGGUUUAAUGGUACGGCGGCCUUCAUGGAGGUCAGGGUUCAGUCGAUUGUCGUGGAGUUCAUCCUCACACAUGUCCCUCAGCUGUUUCCUGAACAAGGUGAAUCGAGUGAGAGAAGGAAGUCCCUCCCCUCCCCAUCAGCGGCGUCCAAACAGGAAGAAGCAUUUUUCAAGUCUCCUCCCACUCAGCCUGUCGCCAACUUUGGGAAAAUCAGUCCAGGCGACGGCCCUCUAGCCACCAGACCCUAUCAUGCCAUCAUUGAAGGCACAGACAAGAGGAAAGGAUCCCUCAAGGGCAGGAAGUGGAUGUCUAUAUUCAACAUCGGAGGACGAUUCCAAGACCCACGGCGGAGGCACAAACACUCGGCUAAAGAGAAAGACAGGACUGCUUUGAGAUCAGCAAGAAGCAUGGACUCCCUCAGUACCCAGUCAUAUCCAAAUGAAGGCUCCGGACAGGCUCCUGCCCAGACCCCUCCCACAACCAACAUGUCUCCCCUCGCCAGCCCCUCCCUGCAGCCGGGCUCAGACGCUGCGGUAUCUGCCAGUGGAAUCGGUGGCAGUGAAUAUGCUGUGACGUACCGCAGGGGAACGGGAUUAGUAAUUGGGGGGACCCAGGGCACCUACACUUCUCUUGACCCUGAGGGUCUAGGGGGCAAAGGCAAUGAGACUGUCCAGUCCAGAUCCCCGGGACUCUCCACUAAAACAGCACGAAGAGCAGCCAUGCACAUCACAGGGCCCACCAUGGUUACCGUGCCACUACACAUAACCUCGAACCUGGCGUUGGGAUUGCUGCAAGGUGGAGGGACCGGCCGGGUCAUCCAUCGUGGCAGGGAUAAGGAUGGAGGGGACAGGGUGGAAGGAAAGGAGGGAGAGGGCAAGGUGGAGAGGAAGGAAAGCAAAGAGAUGGAACGGAAGGUGGAGGGAGGCAGGAAGGUUAGGGAAGAGGAGACAGGCAAGGAAAGAGGCGUGGACACGGUGGCGGAAGGUGGUGUCGCCAAGGAAAAGGGUGAAGGAGUAAAGUGGGAGAAGGAAGAGGAGGUGAAGGCAGAUUGUAGAAAGAAGCCGGAGCUGGCGAAGGGAGGUCGAGGUGAGUCCAGAGAGCAACAAGCCAAAAGCCUCAACUCCAACACAGAUAAUGAAGAUGCAGCAAAUAAUGACCAACAAGACGACGGCAACCAAGACUACAUAGUCAUGAAAAUGGUGGAACCAGUUCAUCCACCGCCAGCGGCGACUGGGCCUGGAGAUGUUGGUGCGUUUGACGCCUCUGACAUCCUCAACUCAACUGAGGUGGGAGGAGACGACCAGGAGCUGUUUGGCUACGUUCAAGAUAACUUUGAAUUCCUGGACCACAUGGACUGCAGCGUCUCCUAUCAGGUGAACGAGUUCUCCGUCGAGCCCCCCGGUCACUCGGACGAUGAGUAUGAAGUCAUGGUGCAAGCUCAGGAUCCCGCAGAGCUGCAGACGCACCUGCUGCCAGUCCCUGAAACACAAACCCAGAGUCAGACCGGCCUGAAACCACACAGGCCGCUCAGCCUCGACCUUCACAGCCGACACACUAAAUCCCUCAGCUUGCCCUAUAUGACCUCACCUGUCCGCGGACCGGAGGAGUCGAGCUCUGAAGAGGAGGAUGUGGGAGACGACAGUGACGAUGAUGAGGAUUAUGUUAACAGUAGUGAGGAAGACGGGAGCAUGCUUGUAAAAAGCCUCCCCGCUGAUUUCUUUUUGGACAAUAUGACCACAUUUGAUCUAGACACCGAACUUGCUGUUUAUGAAUCGAAGAGCUCGGUGGAGAGAGACGUUGAGACGUCGCACUCUGCAGAACCAACCGCUGGAGAUCAGGAGCGAGGAGAAGUGGUGGUCGAAGAAGAUGAAGAGGAAAAGCAGAUGAUGAAGAAGGAAGAGGAAGAUACACGUGAUAAGCAGGAAGACCAACCAGAAAAACAUAUCAUAGCAGCAGAGGCAGAUGUCAACAUCAUGGAAGACGUUCAAAGUGACAAAGAAAAGCCUCCUGCAUCCUGCUGCGAGGAGUUUCCACCGCCAAGCAACGAGAAGACGAAUGAUGAAUUGUGCGCUGUCGAGGUUGAGGAAGAGGAAGAGGAGGAGGAGGAGGAAGAGGAAGAGGAGGAGGAGGAGGAGGAGGAGGAAGAUGAGGAGGAGGUGGAGGAGGAGGAGGAGGAGGAAGUGGUUGAUAAUCAUCACACUGAUUAUCCACCUUGCCACACAGAGUCCUGUGCCACCUGGGAGACUGACGGUGUUCCGGUAGAGGAGUCCAGAGAACAUCCCAGAACCUGUGAUGGAGAGGAUACAAAAGAGAGACGCAAUGAGGAGGGAGAGGACAGCGGGGCGUACAAAGAGGCAGAGACAACAAGUCAAGAAAUGGUCCUGGAGAUGAAAGAAAGGGAUGAGAGCGUGUUGGAAGAUCACACCGCAAGAGGAGACGAAGGAAUAGCUGACAAAAAAGAUGAAGAGAAGAUGCAGGAAGGUGGCGAAGAGCAGGAUGGUGUAAUUUGUGGCGUGGAACUUUGGGAGGAACUUGAGAAGGUUGUAUGUGAAGUGAUAGAGGAUGAGGAGAGUGAGCGGGUUGAGAUUGAGCUUGCUGCUCGGCAGGGAGAUGUAGAUAAAGAUGGAGAGGGGGAAAAGCAGAGAGCAACGGUUUCAGGAGAAAAAAAAGUGGAUGUGGAGGAAGGAGGGACAAAUGAGACAAAGGUUAGAAUAGAGGCAGGGGAGCGUUCAAAGGAGACGACUGAGGAAAAGCUCACAGGCCCAGAGAUGCUCCAGGAGUUUCGGGAAAAAGAGAAACUACAAGAAGCAAUUCAAGUGAAGCACGCAGUGAGCGAAGAGGCACGGCAUCAUGACAGAAAGGUGGUUACAGAAGAGCCAGAGAAGGAGAACGAUGAUGAAGAGAGAGCUGACGAGCAACUCAGAACAAGGCCAAGUGUAGAUAAACAACUGGAGGAGGCCAGGUCCGAUGGAAAACAACUAAUGUGUGAGAAGCGCGGCAUCAGCCAAGGAGGAGUCGGCAGGAAGCUGGUUGUCUCCAAACACCCGAAGGUUUACCAGGCGAGAGCUGUGCCAGUGGUGCCCCCGAAGCCUCAGCACUGCAAGAUCACCGCCAUGACCCUCCGACAGCAGCAGCACCAAAGAGAGAUGAGAGGCGGCGGAGGAGACAACGCCAUGAAAGUGGCGACAGAGCAGGACAAAGUUUGUGAAGCAGGACAGGGGAAAGAUGGAGGAGGGGAGAGGAUGAGGGAGAGGAGGAGGGAUGGUGAGGAUGGUGCCACGAGGGACGCGAGCAGAAACAGUCCUCUCAGCAUGUGUUUCGACGAGGCCGUCGCCAAAGCAACCAUGAGGCGGGAAAAGGAGAGGGAGCGAGAAGGAGAAGGAGAGGCAGAGGGACUGGGGAAGUGAAGUGCAAUGAGGAGGGGGCGUCAUUGAAUUUAAUCUGAUGUGAUGAAAUUUUUUCUAAAUUUGGCAUAAACAGCUGGUUAUUGAAUUGGGAUUUUGUUUUCAUAUAAUUUCAGCAACAGUAUUGUCUAUCUAAUGCUACUGAAGAUGUUUGUGGGGUUUUUUUCUGCCACGCUCAACCUCUGCAGCCAUAAAACGGAUAUGUUUUUAAAAGUAUUUUGUGUAGGAUUUCUAGUUAGACAGAGAACUGUGAAGAGCAGACAGGGAUGAUGAUGCGAAGGAGAGGGGUGGGGGUGGGUCAUUUAUUCUGAUUUAUUUUGAUCAGAAUAGAUGAAUAACUGCAGCUGCAAUGUCUGAUAUUAAGUUAAAUAAAAACAGAGAAACUCGAUGAGGUUGGAUUUAAGUUUUUUUUUAUUUAUGUGCUGCUCUCUUACAAACUGCCAUUUUCUGAAUAUAUUUAAACUCCAAAGUUCAUGCUUCUUAGUCAAUGUCUUCAAAUCAAAACAUCCCACUGGUGGAUAAGUCAAAUUUGAUCAAAAGUUUAAAAAAAAGUUGAACCUCAAAUCCACCUCAGAGCUUACUGUACUUCUGUUUGCACUCUUCAUCUAAUCAUACAAUACUUUGUCAUCAUAUAAAGUACAUGUACAGUAUUUGUAUAAAGAAAAGGUCAGCACGUUUGUGGUUAAAUGGUAAAUUUGAUAAUGAAUGGUAUGUAUCAUUUUUAGAUAUAUAAUGUCAAUUGAAAAAAUGUUUUUCGGAUUAUGUGAAUAAAGUGAUGUUUUCAA